AUGAUAAAGAGGAUUCCCAUGUCGAUUGACAUUGUAAGCAGUGAAAAUGAAUCUAUGAAGACGUCAUUGUCAACAGAUCCAAUUAGUAAAGAAAGCAAGAAGCAUCAGCCAAUAACCAAGACUAACGGUAUCACUACAAAAACAUUACAUUUAGGGAUUGAAUCUGGGAUAAGUUCAAAUGGACAGCAAAAGGGAAUUGGUUGGUUCGUGGCUUCGAUGUUCAUUUUAGGCGAUUUAGUCGGUGGUGGUGUUGUUGCAAUGCCUGUCGCAUUCGCUGAAACAGGAUUUGUAAUGGGCAUACUGUUUAUGAUAAUCAUUUGCGCAAUUUUUGUAACAACCGGUUGGCUACUUGCUGACACGUGGGAAAUUAUGCGUGAGCGAUGGCCGGAAUAUCGUAAACAUUGCCGGAAACCUUUUUCAGAGAUGGCUUUAAGAAGCAUGGGCAAGCAAUCAGAGUGGGUAAUCGUUAUUGCUGUUGUUUGUACCGUUAUAACAAUCGUUAUGAUAUUUGUUGGUAUUAGUUUGGAUUUUAACGACUGUUAUUAUGAGGCUCAGUAUUCAGACAUUUCAAUAAAUGCCAUUCUUGGCUUGGGCAUUUUUUUGUUUGCCUUCAACGGACAUCAAGUCUUCCCAACUGUGCAAAAUGAUAUGCAUAAUCCAACGGAUUUUAAAAAAUCAGUUUUGGUUGGAUUCAUCUUUGCGGCAUUACUUUAUAUGCCUUUAUCUGCGUAUGCAUUUCUCGUAUAUGGUGUCAGUAUGGCAAACUCGGUAAUAGAUUCAGUGCAAACAGCCUGGAUCCGUUACGCUGCUGAUUUAUCCUUGGCGAUACAUUGCAUUCUUGCUAUCAUUAUCAUUGUAAAUCCGAUCAAUCUACAAUUGGAAGACACUUUUAAUGUACCACAUAAAUUCUGUCUUAAACGAGUGAUAGUCCGCACAAGCUUAUUGCUUCUAUCAUUAUUUGUCUGUCUGUCUCUCCCGAAUUUUGGUUCUGUAAUGAAUUUAUUCGGAAGUACCACAGUACCGUGUACAUGUGUUAUUUUACCAACCCUAUAUAAUAUUUAUAUUAAAGCUGCUACCUAUGAUAAAAAGAAUGAUGCAUGGAUUGUACCGACAUUUCGUGAGUAA